GGAACGCGCACAGGAGCGAGUGUUGUGUGUUUCUGUUUCCUUUUUUCUCUUUCCACUGGAUUUGUAUUUACCUGUCGCUCGUCAUGGCCGUGACCGAAGCUGGAUGCGAUCUAACUUACUGCAAGAUGAGGGGGAUCGUUACCGUCCUCGCCGCUUUCAUCAAGGAGAGAAAAAUGGGGCUGAACGACUUCAUCCAGAAGCUGGUGUCUACCCCACAUAUCUGCCAGCAUGUCGAAGUGAACACUCUCCUGAAGAUUGAUGAGAAUCAAAAUGAAGAGUUGGAAAAGGAACUUCUUGACAAUCCUAUGUGCCUAAAUUCCAGAAGCUCACUGGCCGAGGACACUCAGAUCAAACCCUGUGAUUUUGACUACCUCAAAAUCAUCGGCAAAGGCAGCUUCGGAAAGGUUCUGCUGGCUCGGCACAAAGAGUCCUGCGAAUACUACGCCGUCAAAGUUCUGCAGAAGAAAAUCAUUAUGAAGAAGAAAGAGCAAAAGCAUAUCAUGGCCGAGCGCAGCGUGCUGAUGAAGAACAUCAAACAUCCCUUCCUGGUGGGCCUGCACUACUCCUUCCAGACCAAUGACAAACUCUACUUUGUGCUGGACUACGUCAACGGUGGAGAGCUGUUCUACCACCUCCAGAGGGAGAGGGUCUUCCUGGAGCCCAGAGCCCGGUUUUACGCGGCUGAAAUCGCGAGUGCGCUCGGCUACCUCCACUCCCUGCACAUCGUGUACAGGGACCUGAAGCCGGAGAACAUCCUGUUGGACUCGCAGGGCCACAUCGUGCUGACGGACUUCGGUCUCUGCAAAGAAGGCGUCGAGGCCAACGGAACCACCACGACUUUCUGCGGGACGCCAGAGUACUUGGCCCCUGAGGUUCUCCAGAAGCGGGCGUACGACCGCACCGUGGACUGGUGGUGCCUGGGAUCCGUGCUCUACGAGAUGCUCUACGGACUUCCUCCGUUCUACAGUCGCAACACAGCGGAGAUGUACAACAACAUCCUGCACAAGGCGCCGGUGCUCAAGCCCAACGUGUCCAACGCAGGCCGGGAGCUGCUGGAGGGGCUCCUGCAGAAGGACUGCACCAAGAGGCUGGGGGUCAAGGAUGAUUUUCUUGAACUCAAGUUCCAUUCCUUCUUUUCUCCAAUCAACUGGGACGACCUGAUGGCCAAGAAGAUCGUCCCUCCUUUCAUCCCCUCAGUGUCUGGUCCCACUGACCUGCGACACUUUGACCCCGAGUUCACCCACAUGCCCGUGUCCUCCUCCCUGUGCAACGACACCCUGGCUGUGACGAGCAGCAUCAGGGAAGCAGCCGGAGCCUUCCCGGGUUUCUCCUACGGGCCUCCAGCGGACCUCUCCUUCAUGUGAACGCCUGAACCUCUGCACACCAUGUCCAGAGGAGUGGAAGAGAAACAGGACUCUGGAUUCAGAGCCUGACAUUGGCAGCAGGGGCCACAAACCGCAGCAAACUGACAGAGGGGACGCUGCAACUAGGGACCUGAGAAAUGGAUUUAACUGAUCCUGAACCACGAGGGGCAGGACAUGAGGGAUCUUGUGCAGGACUUCUGAUGGAGACUCAUGUUUUUACACCCCCGGCCCAUCUCCUCUGUCUCAAGCACCAACAUCCACACAUGUGUGCUAAGUAUGGAUGCACUCUGGGGUCGUGAAACAUGGCGCUCUCGUGGUUCUGGACCUCACAGCUACUGGUGAGGAGACGUGAGGAGAAGUGCCUGAGGUUCACAAGGCGGUCUGGAUGAUGGCGGCGGC